AUGGGAGAUGUAUGGUUUUGUCCUGUUUCCGUCUCUGCUACAUCGAAUUGUGGAUGUUAUUCCUUUAAGAAGAGCAGUUGUUUCUGGGGAACUUGUCAAUGGUCCUCGUUGGACUUUGCAUUGACCAUGAAGCUGAAACGAAGGCGUUUGGUACAUGGUAGUGUCAAAAUGAAGUCUUUUGCUUUGUCAACAACACCAGGACUGUGUUUCAAGAAGGUGAGUAGUGAAUUGGAGGCUGAAGAUGGAUUGAGAGAAAGAGGGAAAGACAUAAUUUUUCCUCUUAGCGACUUCUUCGUUGAAAAUAAGUUAGAAGAGAAGCUUGGGAGUGAUGAUAGGAAUAGGAUACAUUUUCUAGAGGAGAGGAACGAAGAGAUGUUAUCAAAGAGGCUUUUGAAACUCAGCAGGUUGAAUAAAGUCAGAAGCGCUUUGGAGCUCUUUGAUUCUAUGAGAGUUUCAGGUUUACACCCCAAUCCUCACGCCUGCAACUCUUUCCUCUCGUGCCUCUUGAGGAAUGGAGAUCUUCAGAAAGUCUUUACCGUCUUUGAGUUCAUGACGAGGACGAAGGAGAGCAACGUCACAGGGCACACGUAUAGCUUGCUGUUGAAAGCUGUUGCAGAGGUUAAAGGUUGUGAUUCCGCGGUGAGAAUGUUCAGAGAGCUAGAAAGAGAUCCAAAGCAUAAGACUUGUUUCGACGUGGUUCUGUACAACACAGUGAUUUCUCUAUGUGGACGGAUAAACAACGUGUGUGAGACAGAGAGGAUAUGGAGAGUGAUGAGAGGAGAUGGUGAGAUCGGAACAGAGAUUACAUAUUCUCUGCUUGUUAGCAUCUUUGUUCGGUGUGGGAGAAGCGAACUGGCGCUUGAUGCGUACGAUGAGAUGGUUAAGAACAAAGUAUCUCCGAGAGAGGAUGCAAUGUACGCGAUGAUAAGCGCGUGUACAAAGGAAGAGAAAUGGGAUUUGGCUUUAAAGAUAUUUCAGAGUAUGUUAAAGAAAGGUGUGAAGCCUAAUCUUGUAGCGUGCAACACUCUGAUAAACUCGCUUGGGAAGGCGGGGAAAGUUGGUUUGGUGUUUAAGGUUUACAGUGUUGCGAAGUCUCUAGGGCAUAAGCCUGACGAGUACACGUGGAACGCGCUGCUCACGGCGUUAUACAAAGCGAACCGGUAUGAAGAUGUGCUUCAGCUGUUUGAUAUGGUGAGAAGCGAGAAGCUUUGUUGUAUGAAUGAGUAUCUGUACAACACAGUUUUGGUGUCAUGCCAAAAGCUUGGUUCUUGGGAGAAGGCUGUGAAGCUUUUGUAUGAGAUGGAAGGUUCGGGGUUAACGGUUUCGACUUCGUCGUAUAAUCUGGUGAUAAGCGCUUGCGAGAAAGCGAGGGAGUCGAGAGUUGCGUUGCGAGUGUAUGAGCACAUGGGUCAAAGGAGUUGUGAGGCUGACACGUUUACGUAUCUGUCGCUUGUAAGGAGUUGCAUUUGGGGUUCUCUGUGGGACGAGGUUAUGGAUAUCCUAAAGAAAGUGGAACCUGAUGUGUCGCUUUACAACGCAGCUAUACAUGGGAUGUGUUUAAGACGCGAGUUCAAGUUUGCAAAGGAGCUGUAUGUCAAAAUGAGAGAGAUGGGCUUGGAACCGGACGGCAAAACCCGAGCUAUGAUGUUACAGAACUUGAAGAAACGCUGA